AUGCUGUCAGAAUCAAUAGAUGGUGUCUCAGGCGUCAAGUCCGGAGCUUGGAAUGCUCACGAUGACAAGCAAAAUGUAGGCAUGUCUCAAUCCGCCAAGAGUAAAGGAAAGCUGCGCGACCCCCCUCCCUCCCUCUUCCUCCAUCCCUCUCCUGCUGCCUCUCAUGCCUCUCUACCGGGUAUCCUCGCGCCAGGAGCGCCGCAGGCGUCUUCAUCUGCAGGCGUCUCACCUCUACCGCCGCAAGCCAUGAAUCUGCAACGCAACGGAUCUCUUCAUACCGGCUCGGUGGUCACGCCCUCCGUCGCGCGGCCGGCCCGGAACCUCAGGACGGCCGACAGUGCCCGCAGCACCGACAGGACCGACGCCUUAUGGGCUGAAAUGCAAGCCACGCUUGAGGAGGUCGAGCUGUCGGCGUCGGGCGGAACCCACGUCUUUGGACCUGAUCAUGACCGCAAACUAGAGGAACUGCGUGCUGCCCAGAUCGCUCUGGCUCAAGCUUGGGCACGCAGCGAGGCUGAUGAUGCUAUCGAAACCGGCCAGCGCUCCAACGCAUCAGCAGCUGGAGACGAGGUUCGCAAUUUGAAAGGCGCAGUUUUGGGAGAGACGGGUAUGGCAUCAGAUGGUGGGGAUGGCCCGCGAAGCACCACAGGUAGCGCCCGCCCAGGCAGUAGCGGUGGAACGGAGCGCCUCGGUGCUAAGCUUGAACAAGAGACGGAAGUUGACAUUCUGCUUGCCCGGAAAAGGCGGGAGGCCAACGACCGGUACUUCCAGCGAGUCAACCAGGGUGUCUUGGAUGUGGUGGCUAAACUUGAGGAUGUUGCUGUUGCGAUGCAGGCGGUUGAGCAGGAAACUAAGGAUAUCUGGGGUGACAAUGACAGCAUGGCAGGUAGUGCAAAGGGAUAG